AUGGCUGUCCAUUCGAUAUGCAAGGCACACUGGCUCCUGCUCACGCUGUUCAUUACCUCAGUCCUUUGCUCGAAGGGAACACGAGGCUCUGGCUUUGUUGGAUAUGGCAUCACGAUGUACAAACCGGCGUGCGCGACAGCAUGUCGCGAUGUCUUAUCGGCGUACUCACUCGAAUGCGAAGGCGACAACCAGGACCACUCCCACAUGAGACGCAUGGCCGGGAUGGGCGCAGAGAAGGUCCCGCCAUCGCCAUCAUGCUACGCGGUCAACGACCCGUACCUCCAAUCGUUGGCGUACUGCAUCUCGCAGCAUUGUGAAGAUAUACCCAUCUACACGAUUGAGCAGUGGUGGAAUCGUCGAGUCACGGGAAGAGUACCUGGCCAGCCAAAGCCGAAGGAAACUUACCAGCAGUCACUGGCCAAGAUUGUCGUCAACCCGCCAACGAAUGUGACCGAGUCGGAGGAGAUGCUCAUGGAGCCGAGCCUUGUAGAGGACGAGACUUGGCUCGCCAAUUUCCACGGAGACUCGGUCUUCGAAAAGAAUGAACGUAUGCAUGUGACCUUAGGCCUCAUACUACUGCUCACUGGGGCUGGGAUCCCCAUCGCAACGUCACUAUUGAGAUUUGUUCCAUUUCCAAGAACCUUCGUCACUCGCUUCAAUGCCAUCUUCAUUGACCCACCGGCCUGGGGCAUCAAGCACCGCGUACCAGUUGCGAACACUUUGCUUGUACCCACACGAGGCCAAGCACUGUUCAUCGCGUAUAUCUGGAUCAUCAACAUCCUCGCCUGCUCACUCGGGUACGAAGUCAAGACUCCCGAUGCCUGGUGGGCUACGGUACCCAUCGAAGUUGCGACUCUAGUCUCCUACCGCACUGGUGUCCUAAGCUUCGUCAAUCUGGCUCUGUUGAUCUUGUACGCCGGUCGAAACAAUAUACUGCUGUACGUCACCAACUGGUCGCACUCUACCUACUUGUUGCUUCAUCGCUGGAUCGCCGUCAUUGCCACUUUACAGGCAUGCCUUCACUCUGCCAUCCUCCUCAAGCUCUACCUCGACACGCACGAACAUGCCACUGAAUCAAAGCUGCCGUACUGGAUCUGGGGCAUCGUCGCAACGCUUGGUCUGGUCGUCAUGCUUCCGCUCUCCGCCUUGAAGAUACGACAAAAGGCAUACGAGUUCUUCUUGGUGUGGCAUCAGGUCUUGGCGUUUUUCGUUCUCAUUGGUGGUCUCUAUCAUGUCGUGCUGCGCUUCAACUUCCAAUGGGGCUAUGAGACAUGGCUCUACAUCGCCUUUGGUUUCUGGGGUUCCGAUCGCCUCAUGCGGUUCCUACGAAUUGCAAGGAAUGGAGUCAGAUAUGGUCGCGUCACCAUUAUUGAUGAAGACUACGUACGACUUGACAUUCCUGGCGUCUCAACAAGCGGACAAGCUUACCUAUACUUUCCAACGCUGACAUGGAGAGUGUGGGAGAAUCAUCCCUUCUCUAUCGCCGGAGGUCUUGAGGCGCAUCAGACUUCACAGCCACCACGAUCUGCCUUGGUCAGCGAUGAGAAGAUGCCUGCGCACGAGAUUAAAGCGAUUGAGUCUGAUUCUGCCUCGGGCUCUCCAGCUCGAUCGCGCAGCUUGUCCACACAGAACCAGCAGUCCUGCAAAGGCGGCCUGACAUUCUUUAUUCGGACCCAUCCUGGACUCACGUCGAAGCUACGCGACCGCAAGACUCUCUCGCUCCUUGUCGAAUCUUCUUACGGUCAGAGUUUGGUGGGCGCCCACGACUUGUCAUCAUACCCGAACCUCAUCUGCAUUGCUGGCGGCGUUGGCAUCACUGCCGUGCUACCUUUCCUCUCGAGCCAGGUUGGACGUAACAAGCUGUUCUGGGGCGUGCGGACACCGAGCCUCGCGAAUGCUCUUCGUGAUACUCUCGGAGAGCCUGCCUUUGCCGGUACAGAGGUCAGCAUAACGCAUGGCGAGCGCAUGAAUCUGAAGGCGAUACUCGAGCGAGAGAUUCGUGAGGAGGGUCGCGAUGGCGAUGGUACUGCUGUUGUUGUCAGCGGGCCGCCGAGUAUGGCUGAUGAUGUGCGAGUCAUCGUCUCGAGGCUGGCUAGGGAGAACAAGAAGGCUGUAGUGGCGUUCGUGGAGGAAAGCUACAGCUGGUAG